CACUGUUCAUCGCCACCGGGAGCGUUCGCGUUAGUUGCUCCCGUCCGUGUUAAGAGCGUAGAUUUUCCCUUCUAUUUUUCUCCUUCCCUUCCCUUUUGUCAUCAUGCAACUCUCAAGAUUAUUCCUGGCCAUCGGGGUCAUCGUCAGUGCCUCAGGAGAGAAACACGACUGCGAGCGCCAGUGCGCGGCAGGCGACACACGCACGUGCAUGUACGAGUUCAACAUCAUCGAGUACCACACGCUGAGCAGGGCGUGCUACGACUGUCCCAGCACCCUCAGCGACUGUACACGCGAGGAGUGCAUCGUGGCGGACGGCGUAUCGAGACCUCUGCUCACCGUCAAUCGCCAGCUGCCGGGACCCGCCAUACAGGUGUGCGAGGGCGACCGCGUGGUGGUGGACGUGCACAACACACAGUUCUCGGACACGGACACGAUCCACUGGCACGGACAGCACAUGCGCAGCCACCAGUUCUACGACGGCGUGCCCUUCGUCACCCAGUGCCCCAUCAUGGGCUCCUUCCGCUACGACUUCCCCGCGGCCACGCCAGGCACGCACUGGUGGCACUCGCAUGCAGGCGUGCACCGCGGGGACGGCCUGUUCGGGGCCUUCGUGGUGCGCCAGGCAGAGGACGGUCUGCAUGGUGCCUACGAGGUGGACUCCCCUGAUCACGUGCUGAUCCUGCAUGACUGGUUCCACGGGAGCACCAAUAGCGAGUUCCUUGGCUUCCAGCACAGCAAAUCCUUGGGCGUCGCCAACAAUAUCCUUCUGAACGGCAAAGGCAGAGAUUUGCACGCAAAGGAGGAGGGCCGGGAGGUGGUGAAAACGCCCCUUGAGGUCCUGCAAGUGACUCCUGGCCUUCGCCAUCGCCUCCGCAUCGUCAGCGCCUCCAGCUACAUCUGCCCCAUGGUCGUCAGCAUCGAUGGUCACAGCCUAACGGUCGUCGCUGUCGACGGAGCGGAGGUCGUUCCUCGCACUGUCGACGCUCUGGAGAUCAUCUCAGGCGAAAGAGUCGAUGUCGUGUUGGAAGCGAAUCAACCGGUGGAUAACUAUUGGAUUCAGGUUCACGGACUUGUAGAAUGCAGGCAAGUCUCUCUCUCUGUCUCUCUGUCUGUCUGUCUGAUAUUUGUAGUUUCGCCAGAAUGGCAGAAGGAGAGUCCACAGGUAAACGACCUUACAUUCACGUUCCCUCAAGCCCCGCCCCUUUCUCAGCCUCACGACAGCAUUCCGAAACUCUGCCUCUACGGCCAGGACGUGUCCCCGUUCUGCGAGGGAGACUUCUGCCAGUGCACGUACGUCGUGGAGGUGGAUCUCGGGGACACGGUGGAGAUGGUGCUCGUGUCCGAAGGGUACCAUCCGUUCCACCUCCACGGAUACAACUUCCACGUGGUGGCCAUGGGAGUGAUCGGCCCCGGUACAACUGUCCAGGACGUGAUGGACUUGGACGAAGCAGGAGGCAUCACCAGGAAGCUGCAGGACGCCCCGCUGAAGGACACGGUCCUGGUGCCCAACGGAGGCUACACUGUCAUCCGGUUCACUGCCGACAACCCGGGCUGGUGGAUCAUGCACUGCCACUUCAUGUACCACUCGGAGAUGGGCAUGGCGGCCCUCCUGCACGUGGGCACCGAGGAGGACCUGCCGCCCGUCCCUCAGGGCUUCCCCUCCUGCGGGCCCUUCCUGCCGGAGAUCUAGGCUCCUGAGGUGGCGUUCCUGUCGAGGCUCGUGUGUCCUGAUUUAUAUGUUAUUUCUCUCUGUAUAUUGCCCUUUGUAUAAACGUAAGAUUAAGAGGAAUUCGUUCAG